UCGCUCAUGUAUUGUCAUUUGACGCAAAGCUUGUUUUUGUUGGUAAAAAAAGAUGCAAGUUUGUGAGUGAGCUAGAUCCGCGUUGUUUUGGAUUUAUUAGAAAAUUUGUGGAAUUUAACUAACGAAACAUGUCGAAAAAUCGUGCACAAUACGACCCGGAUGCUCCAGUUGGUCUGAUGCCGUUGAUCCAAGCGCUCAUCAAGCCGCCAGAUUCUGGAGAACCGAAGCCAUUCUGCAAGAAGCCCCAUCAUCCCUACUAUAGGAAGCCGGGCCGGGGUCAUAAUAACGAUACGUGCGAUGCUUGCGGCGAGGGUGGGGAUUUAAUAUGUUGCGAUCGAUGCCCGUCGAGUUUCCAUUUGGGAUGCCACGAUCCUCCUUUAGAGGAAACAGAUAUUCCCAAUGGACUUUGGAUUUGCCAUACUUGCAAAAUGACGGAAGCAAAUCCAUCCCUGAAAGCGCUGAAAUCGGAUUUGAAGCUGCCCAAAUCCGAAUCUCAGCCGGAUGUUCGCGAAGAACCGUCGACUUCCUCAAUCGAGGGAACCCAGUUAGUAAAGGUCAAAAAGAUGCGCAAUCGAAGCAAUUCCCGCAAAAAUUCGGCGUCCAGUGUUUCGGCGGAAAAAAUAUCCCCUCCGAAGGAGGAAGCCCUGGAAGGUGUCACUCGUAUUAAGGAGCCAGAAGAUGGUUCCCAACUGACGCCCUUCGACCAGCUGAUUCGUGCCGCUCGCAUUUUGAACCCUCGUCAGUUUGAGCUGCCCCGGGAGAUGAACGUACACUUCCCUUUCCCGGGAACGGAAAAGCAGGAUUCCGCUCAGAAAAAUGGCGUCCCGAAGAGAGGGCCCAGAACCCGGAAAAUAUAUGAGCUGGACGGGCAAGGCUUGGUGCCUCUCCCUGCAAAGACCUGUCAUGCUUGUGGAAGGUCGUGUCGCAGGGCACCACUGAUUGCUUGCGAUUAUUGCGAUCUCUUCUUUCAUCAGGAUUGUCUCGAUCCACCGUUGACAGCUCUGCCCACAUCGAUGUGGAUGUGUCCGAAUCACGUGGAACAGUUUAUUGAUUGGAAACUGGUAAACUCCGUAUCAGCCAGCGAGCGUAUUAAACUUUGGAAUCAAUUCAACGGCAACAUGGAUCAAGAUACCGUUAAAAAUGAGUUUUUCCGCAAAGUUCAUCGCCGCAAUCCACCAUUUCGCGUCCGGCAGAAGCCAAGGAUUCGCGAUCGCGUUGAAGUUCCUCCGGUGAUUGAGUUCCAUUAUCAAAACCCCCCGAACCUGUUGCCAUCGCUUCGAGAACUGUUGCGCGCUAGAAAGUACGACAGUUUCACAGAUCCGGCCCAGCCGAUUUACGAUGAUGUCCAGUUACUGUCGAUGAUAGAUUCGGAGUUGAAAGCGAUCAGCGUAGCAGAUGAACAGAUCGAUAAAAUGAUUCAUGUGCCGGGGAGCGCAGAUGUUGCUAGUGCAGAGGAAACAGAACCGGCAUCGGAGGAAGGUUCGGCCGCUAAACCCAAAGCCAGUGCCAGGGGAAAGAAACAUAAGGCAUCUCCGAAAAAGGAUGCUGCUGCCAAGGCAGCAAAAACGGAAGACACAAAUAGUGGUGCCAUCGCAGAAAAUGUCAAGUCAGCUAUGACAGCGGCUUCGGAUGAUAAAACCGAAGGAGAAUCACCACGCAAGAAACCGAAAACCGAACUUUUGGAGGAAGAUGAAUUGGAACUUCAAAAAAUUAACGACGAAUUAAAAUGUUUGGAUGAAUCGUUGAUCAAAAUACUUGCCUAUCAACGGCUGCAGCAAAUAGUGUCACACGGCCAUGAGGCUUUGCACAAAGCCUCCGCAAACGUUUCUUCCAAAAAAGUUCGUGAAAUCAUGAAAUCCGAGAAGCCUGUCAAGUCAACGCCGCUGCCCAGUCAACUGCUUACAAAAGAUGAUAUUGAGCGGAUUGCAAGAGAAUUUACCAGUCCAAGGCGGGACUUCAAUAUGUUGGAAAAUGUAAGCGCUGCUGCUGCUGCGGUUGUUUCUCCAAUCAAGGAAGAACCCAAAGAGGAAUACCAAGCCGAUGAAGUUCCGCAAACUAAUGAACAGAAAGUAUACCUGAUGGCCAAAAAUUUGGAAAAGCAUGUUACCAACAUCGACAUCCGAGUUCGCGCGGUGAUAACCCCUGUGGAUGUUAACAUGCCCGGCUGCAGCUGGUUCGAAACGCCGGAUAUUUCUCGGUCCAUCUAUAUGCGGUAUCGUUCGCUGUCGAUUGGAAGCGGACAAGGUAACGACGUACAGCUCUCAAGGUAUGGAACGUGUCGUUUUGUGUCGGAUAAACAUGCUACUAUUUUCUACGAUGAGGUUACUAAAAUGUUCGAGUUAUUGAACUAUUCGGAAUUUGGAACUGUGGUAAAUGGACAGCUCUUUACGUGUGAUUUUACUGACCAUUCGGUUGAAGUUAAAUCGGGAUUACCUGCAGAUGGCGGUCAUCAUCAUCAUUCUACUAAGAAGUCCAAAAAAGACGACCAUGAUGACAGUAACAAAGAUAAGAAAUUGGACAAACAGAAAGUCCGACAGGAUGUGUUGUCCCUCAUGGACAAAUCUCGUCACUGUCAACGAGAGAAGUACGAUUUCCUCUCUUCCACAAGCAUGGCGGAUAUAACGCACACUGGAUGCGAUUGUGUCUCCGAAAAUCCGAAAAUUUCUGGCUGGGAAGGAACUGCUAUCCUUUAUCAAGGUGCGGUCAUUAAGUUUGGAUGUCUAACGUUUGUUUUCACUAUCACUAACUACGAUAACAAUACUGAUGAAUUCGACGAUACAGAGUCAUCGGACGAAGACGAAGAAGCGGAAAAGUAAUUUGCGUGUUUGAGCUAUGAAUUAAGCUGACAUUAAAAUAGUUCACUGUGAAACUAUUAUAUUGAUGUAAUACUUCUGCUAUGUGUCUGUAUCAUCAUAAAUUUAAAAAUAUGUUCUACAAUAAAAGUUCAUUCUCGUAA